CCAAGUCAGUUUUGCCAUGCGCGGACUGACAACAGUAACCCUUGCUCUCCUCGGCCUCGCUGCUGCAAUUCCCGAACCGCAGCGUCGCAAGUCUCUCUCUUUUGGUCCUGUUCUCCCUCAUGCCCGCUUCGAUAGUAGUGCUCACCAGCCUGUACCCGCUGUACUAUUCUCUACUCAAAACAGAGUGAGGGUAGAUCCUUACGAAGUAGCCAAGACAUUCCUUGACUCUAUCGUAGACCACGACGACGGUGUGAGCUACAUUAUCCGCAGCGAUAGUUAUACAGAUCGUGCGACCGGUGUGACCCACGUCUAUGCACGCCAAAUCAUUCAAGGUGUCCAGGUGGCCGACGGAAAUGUGAAUUUGAACAUCAAAGACGGCGUUGUCUUGAGUUACGGCAACUCAUUUUACCCCGGUCCGACUCCCGCAUCACACACCCGUGGUGCACACCCCCACGCAGAAUAUUGCGCACAACUCGAUUCCGCUCGUUCCCCCCGGUCAGACCAAAUACACCUUGACGGUGCACACCUAGAGCUAGAGCACAUCCACUCCUCCAACUGCGCAGCUCUCCCUAACAUCCACUCCAUCUCAACCCCCUCCUUCGAUAACCAUGUUCCAAGUCCACAGGAUGCACCUCGUGCACUUCUUACUUUCCUUCUUGCAGCUGCCCCAUCCCCCGCUCUCACACAGGACAUCCAUGCCCGUUUCGAUGACUAUUUGGCGAGCAUGACUAUGGCUCACAUGUCCGGCUUCCUCCCUAACGAGGCCGAGCAACUCACCAUCGCUGGUGCACCUGGAACCAUUGGCGAGGUCAAGGCCUCCGUCGUUUGGGUCCAGGUACCCUCUGAAGAUGGCACCGUGCAUCUCGAGCUCGUACAUCGCUUCGAAGUCGAGAUGGAGAACAACUGGUAUGAGGCCACAGUCUCUGCAUCUCUUCCCCACCGUAUUGUGUCCGUCGUCGACUGGGCCAGUGAUAGCCCCAUGCCUCUUUACUCCCCCGAAUCUCACUCCGAGGAUGCUCAACUUCCUCCCCUCUCCUCAUUCUUCCCUGCAGACUGUUCCACCAAGAAGGUUGGUGGUCGCUUUAGGAAGGGCAAGGCUGUGGCAGAUCUUCGCAAGAGCAAGGCUGCCAAGGAGGCCGCCAAGUGGCUCAGCGGCCCUACCAUUCCUAUCUUCCCCACAGCAUAUUACAACGUCUUCCCGUGGGGCACCAACGACCCUGUUGAGGCUGUGGAAAGGAAGGUGAUGAGUGAGGCAGAUGCACCUGCAGAUUUCCUCCCCCUCUCUUACGGUCGCGUCCUCUCCUCUGAGCUGGGUGACAAGCUCGCAAGUCCGGCAGGGUGGCACGCCCUGCCGUGGGGUGUAGACCCUAGCGUUGGUGAAGACGACAAGGCUGCACUUCGUGCGCAAGGCGAGUUCUGGCGCACGACAAACACCACGUGGGGCAACAACGUCUUUGCGCAUGAGAACUGGGACGGGCGGAACUCAUGGAUAUCUAACCGCCGCCCAGAAGGAAGGUCCGUGGGUGGAGAUGCGAACGAGCUCCCAGCCGUCCACUACAACUACACCUACUCCCCGACCCCGAAGGACAACACAGAGGAGAACAUGGCUGAUGCACGCGCCCACAUCGACGCAACGGUGACUCAACUCUUCUACACAAGCAACCUGUUCCACGACUUGACCUACCGGUACGGCUUCACCGAAGAGGCUGGGAACUUCCAACAGUACAACUUUGGGCGUGGCGGUGAGGAAUCAGACGCUGUGAUCACGAAUGCACAGGACGGCAGUGGGUUCAACAAUGCUAAUUUCAUGACGCCUCCCGAUGGCCAGAAUGGCCGAUGCCGAAUGUACCUCUGGAACACAGCUAACCCCUACCGCGAUGGUGACAUGGAAGCUGGUAUUGUUAUCCAUGAGCUUUCUCAUGGUCUCAGCACGCGCUUGACGGGUGGUCCCAAGAACAGUGGAUGUCUUGGUUGGGGUGAGGCUGGCGGUAUGGGAGAGGGCUGGGGUGACUUCAUUGCCACGACCAUUCGUAGUACUGCCACUUAUCAGGACUACCCCAUGGGCGCAUGGGCCGCCAACCGGGCAGGGGGUAUCCGGAACUACCCGUACAGUCUUGACAAAUCGGUGAACCCAAGCACGUACAAGACCCUAGACAAGCCCGGAUACUGGGGCGUGCACGCAAUCGGGGAGGUCUGGGCACAGAUCCUAUGGGUGGUCGAGCAAAGGCUGAUCGCCAAGCACGGGUUCACGGAUAAUCUGUUCCCUCCUCCACACGAUGCUAACUUCGCCGACUAUACUGCUUUCUACCGUGCCGACAAGCCUUUCGUCCCGAAGCACGGUAACUCGCUGUUGAUACAGCUCGUAUUGAACGGGAUGAAGCUGCAGCCAUGUAGCCCAUCGUUCUUCGAUGCGCGUGAUGCGAUCGUGCAGGCUGAUCAAGUACUUACGGGUGGAGAGAACUUCUGUGAUAUCUGGGUGGGCUUUGCCGAGCGUGGGUUGGGUAUUGAUGCCAACGUUAAGGGGCGUACGCCAUGGGGUGGAGGUGUUAGGGAAGAUGGCCACAAAGUCCCAGUUGCAUGUCAAAGCGAGGCCGAACCCUCGCCCUCACCUGAACCAAUUCCUGAUGACCCAGAGGAUGACUGUGGUGUAUUUGGAUGCUGGUGGAAGCUGUGAGCGUGGACGUUUUAAUAUUCCGAACAUCAUAAUAUCCAUAUACACGAUUGGAGACGCACGGCUAGAUGGUGGUGAUAUCCAAACUCUGGAUAGAAUAUAUCCGUAUCCUGCUCGUGUAGAUGCCAGGUAAUCAUGCGCUAGUUUUAUUUUGGUUUGGGAUAUUUCUGUUGCGGCCGCGGUUGCGCAUAGUUUUUGUAUGAUAGUGAUAAUUGCGUAUAGUUGAUAUAUCAUGGAUUGCAAUGCGACGUGCUUGAUAUUGAGUAUAAUUGGUUCAGUAACUUAAGCUUAAGAUUCA